CUUCAAGAUGUGAUCACUAUUUUCGUAUCUACAGAGAUCAUAUGCUUUUUCUCUCACAGGAUAAACACAAUCAUGGGACGCAAACGGGACGUUAAAUCGUGCCCGCCUACGACCAUAGCCAGAUCUAAAUUUGUAAUACGACAUGAUAAUCGACACGAGAUGAUCAUGCUACACAAACGGCGCGACAGGUUGUCCAGACCGUUAAAGUUGCCUGCCAUCGAGCUUACACAGCGAGUAAAAACCAGUCGAUUAACAACACAUACGGCUCGAGUCGGCGAUGUGCCAUCCAACUCGGAGUUGGUCAGCGAAAUGACAUUGCAAGAAGAGCCUGAUCAACCAAGCGACGGAGGUGCGGGUGCAGCGGGUCUCACGAACGCGACGACGAUGCAGAACAACGGGGACAGCAACGUGGACCUGACGUCAGUGACGUCAAGCGCAGUCUUGUCACAACCGGGUCUGAACAACCCCACCUGGAAUCGUCAACAAGCUGUUAGCGUCAGGCAUGCCUUCAAGAGCUAUGGCAGCACGAAGAAUCCGAAUCAUAUCUUACAGAAUCUCAAUAUGACCGUGGCCAAAGGCUCGAUAUACGGGCUACUAGGUGCCAGCGGAUGCGGUAAAACCACCUUACUAUCCUGCAUUGUCGGUCGACGAAAAUUGAAUUCGGGCGAGAUCUGGGUACUAGGUGGUAAACCUGGAACAAAGGGCUCCGGCGUACCCGGGAAAAGGGUUGGCUACAUGCCGCAGGAAAUUGCUCUCUACGGCGAGUUCACCAUCCGCGAGACGAUGAUGUACUUCGGCUGGAUAUUCGGAAUGUGCACGGCCGAAAUUGUCGAGAGGCUGCGCUUUUUGUUGCAAUUUCUCGACCUGCCGUCGCAGAAUCGGCUGGUGAAGAAUCUCAGCGGUGGUCAACAGAGGCGGGUGUCCUUCGCAGUGGCACUUAUGCAUGAUCCAGAAUUGCUGAUUCUAGAUGAACCUACUGUAGGUGUAGAUCCACUAUUAAGACAAAGUAUAUGGAAUCAUUUGGUUCAAAUCACCAAAGAUGGUAACAAGACGGUCAUCAUAACGACGCAUUACAUCGAAGAGGCCCGACAAGCGCAUACGAUUGGUUUGAUGAGGAGUGGCCGAUUAUUAGCCGAGGAAGCACCUAUGACCCUCUUGCAAAUGUACAAUUGCGCCUCCCUUGAAGAGGUCUUCCUGAAAUUAUCCCGAAAGCAAGGACAAUGCACGAUUCCAACGGAAUUGAACAUUUCAAACAAUAUCAGUUUGGUAAGCAAGAAAAAAUUUAAGAAACUAUUCUCCUCAUUUAUUCGUGCACAUUUAUUUCUGAAUUUUUUUACGCGCACAUUUUAUUCUGAAUAAUUUUUGCGUAAGAUC